CCCCCCCCCCCCCUGAAAGAGUCGUUCCGUUUCUGUCGCCGUUUUUGGGGGUUUUCUUUUUUGCGCAUCGCUGCGUGUGCGGUGGAGGACACACUGAUGUCUUCAUUUGACUUGUCGUCUGCGUUGGAGAUGGUGGAGCUUCCUCGGGUUUCCAGCGUGGAAACGUAGCAUCCAAUUCAUCGGCGACUGCGACCCGUUCCCCCAGAGCGUCUCGGCCACCUUUGGACUCCACGGUGCGCAGAGGACGCGUGGUGCGCUACCUUCCUCCUAGACGUGGUUUCUAUGCGUUUCUGGAAACGAUUCAUGAUUUUGUGAAGUGAAUUCCAAAUAAUAUCAUCGGGCCUGACUGUUUGAAGAACUAUCAACUGUCAACAACAACAACAACAACAACAACAAAACCAUUGGUAUAGUGGACUAAGCUUGGGACGUUAAAUGUGGCUAUACUUCCAUUUGGAUUUGACGAAAAGCCGCAAAGUGUUAGCAGGUCUGCAUGGACCCUAUUUAAGAUUCCUUUUUAGGAACCGAGUCUAAGAUGAAGUUAUGGGACGCGUUGGCAAUGUGUUUGUUGCUCCUGAGCUCAGUCUCCGCGAGGCCCCUCUACCGAAACCUUCACCCAGCCAAGAAGCCCUAUUUCCCCAGUAGCCACAGCGACUCCCUGGCCCCUUCCCUGGAGCAGGAGGACGAGGAGGAGGACAAACCGGAAUUCCCCCCCAAAGACCGCCGCCUCCAGGGGAUGUCCGUGGAGGAGCAGUACGACAUCGCUGACCCUUACCCGGAGCAGUUCGAUGACGUAAUGGAUUUUAUCGAAGCCACCAUCGGCCGACUCCGGCGGUCUUCCGAGUCGGGCGCGGAGAUGCGGGGAAGGAGGGAGCGGCAGGCGAGACAGAGGGGAGCAGCAAACACAGGAGGAGAGAGAGGAGGAGAUGGCUAUGGAGGAGAAAGAGGAGGAGGAGGAGGACACAGGGACAAGAGGAAAGGUCGCGGGCGGAACGGGGGUCGCGGCGGGAAGGGCGGCCGCUCGGAGAAGCCCAAGGACAGCAUCGCCGUGACGACGCGCGGCUGCCUGCUGAAGGAGGUGCACCUCAACGUCACGGACCUGGGGCUGGGCUACCGCACCAAAGAGGAGCUCAUCUUCCGCUACUGCAGCGGGCCGUGCGUGGAGGCGGAGACCAACUACGAUAAGAUCCUCAACAACCUCACGCACAACAGGAAGCUGGACAAGGAGGCGCCGUCGCGGACCUGCUGCCGCCCCGUCGCCUUCGACGACGACCUGUCCUUCCUGGACGACGACGUGGUGUAUCACACGCUCAAGAAGCACUCGGCGAGGAGGUGCGCCUGCGUCUGAAAGGGGGGGGGGGGG